AUAUAUAUAUAUAUAUCAAAUACGUUGCAGAGACACCUGAGAGAGAGAGAGCGCGCGCGCGGGGCAAGAAGGGAAGAAAAUGGCGUACGUGGACCACGCGUUCUCGAUAACUGACGAUGACAUAAUGAUGGAGACCUCGUAUACGGUGAAUAACAGGCCUCCCAUCAAGGAGAUCGCCCUCGCCAUCUCCCUUCUCGUCUUCGGUGCCGUCGGCAUCAUCGUCGGCCUCAUCAUGGCCUUCAACCACGUCGGCGGCGAUCGUGUUCAUGGGCUCUUCUUUGCAAUACUGGGGUCGAUCUUGUUCAUCCCGGGGUUUUACUAUACACGAAUUGCAUACUAUGCUUAUAAGGGAUACAAAGGCUUCUCUUUCUCCAACAUACCUGCUGUAUAAUGCGCCAUAAGCUGAAAGUUCGUUCAAGCAGGACUCCUUCUCUUGUGCAGACCUUUCCUCGAAUUUACUUUUUUUAAAUAAUAAUAAUAAUAAAAAAAAAAAAAAAACAGAUACUGUGUAUUAGCUGCUAAUAGUUCUGAACAAAGGGACAUUUUUUAGUUUCUUAUUGCAAUAUUUUUGAAUUGAAUUUUGCCAAUCUUGUGACCUGUGAAAUUUAUGAUUUUUUCUAUUUUGUAUUUGUAUCUGCUGUUGUCUCUUUGAUCCGGUAACUUGAGAUCAUUUCUCCUGUCACGUACAGUUUUCCUUUUAUGUAUUUGCUUAUGGAAAAUCCAGGAAAGGGAAAGCCAUUUAAUUUU